GCAGCCUGAAGCAGAAAGUCAACAACUUUUCUAAGCUUCGGAAAAUCUGCGCCGUCCGCUCAGUGCUUUGCAGCGCUUCAGUCCUCCGCCACUAAAAGCACACACUGCUCACUUCAUCUGCCCGCUUUGCUUUAACAUGCAUCACAGCCAUGUCGCUCCUCUGCUGCUGUCUCUGCUGUGCAUCGGACUGACUGACCAGUCUGAGCCGGACACAGAUGAGGUGGUUCCCAGGUUGCUGUCCGGCCGGGAGGCGCACCUGUCCCCCGGUGUCCAUACGCUGCGGCGCCGCGGUCAGCGCUCCCUGGACACUACGGAGGGAGGACACCCUGACCCGGGUAACAUUAUCCUGUCACUGCCUGCUUUCGGAAGGAGCCUGUAUUUAAAUCUGACCCGGGACAGCACGUUUCUGUCUAGGGACUUCGUGGUGGAGGAGAGACGCGGGGACCGGAGCGCAGCGGUGAGCCGGUUGUACCGGGAGCAGCUCUGCUUCUACUCCGGCUCCAUCAUCAACUACACCGACUCUCUGGCAUCACUGAGCACAUGUGGCGGCCUGACUGGGCUCAUCCAGAUCAGGGAGGACAGCCUGUUCAUUCAGCCGAUGGGUGAAAAUGACCCCUCACAGUCAUUCUCAGGACUUAAACACAGACUGCUGCGACACAGACGCUCCGCUAAGACCAGCUCUACUGCAGACGCUGAGCAGCCUCACUACUGUGGCACUGUACAAGGGAAGAAGAAGGAGAAGAUGGUAAAAGUGGGUGAGGAGGGUCGCGGGAAGAGGAACUCCAUUCGCCUGCAUGAAGCGUACACUGUGGAGACAGUGGUAGUGGCAGACUCCAACAUGGUGCAGUACCAUGGCGCCGAGGCGGCACAGAGGUUCUUACUGACAGUCAUGAACAUGGUCUACAACAUGUUCCAUCACCGCAGUCUGGGAGUUAGGAUCAACAUCCGCGUCACCAAGCUGGUGUUGCUUCACAGCCGUCCAGCGAAGCUAAAAGUGGGCCAUCAUGGAGAGAGAUCUCUGGAGAGCUUUUGUCACUGGCAGUAUCAAGAGUUUGGGGCGCGGCACCUCGGCACCAACCACAUUCCUGGUGGAAGGGACGACAUCCCACCAGUGGACACCGCUGUGCUGGUCACCAGGACAGAUUUCUGCGUCCAUAAGGACGAACCCUGUGAUACUGUGGGUAUUGCUUAUCUGGGUGGUGUAUGCAGCGCCAAGAGGAAGUGUGUGUUAGCAGAGGACAAUGGAUUAAACUUGGCCUUCACCAUUGCUCACGAGCUCGGACACAACAUGGGAAUGAGCCACGAUGACGACCAUGCUACCUGCACUGGUUACUCCCACAUCAUGUCUGGUGAAUGGGUGAAAGGAAGAAACCCCAGUGACCUAUCCUGGUCCUCCUGCAGUGGUGAUGACUUGGAGAACUUUCUGAGGUCCAAAGCCAGCGCCUGCCUACUGCACACAGACCCCAGGAGGCGUUACCAGGUCCGGCUCCCUCCCAAGCUGCCAGGCAUGCACUACAGUGUGGACGAACAGUGCCAGAUCCUAUUUGGGACCAAUGCCACUUUCUGUAAUGACAUGGAGCACCUGAUGUGUGCCGGCCUGUGGUGUUUAGUAGAAGGAGAUACAUCAUGCAAGACCAAACUGGAUCCUCCUCUGGAUGGAACUGAGUGUGGAGCAGACAAGUGGUGCAGGGCGGGUGAGUGUGUCAGUAAGACUCCCAUCCCUGAGCAUGUGGACGGUGACUGGAGUCCAUGGAGCCAGUGGAGCAUGUGCAGUAGGACCUGCGGAACUGGAGUCCAGUUCAGACAGAGGAAAUGCGACAACCCUCCGCCUGGUCCUGGAGGUCGACACUGUCAGAAAGCCAAUGUUGAACACAAGGCCUGUGAAAAUCCUCCCUGUCCUAAGGGGGCACCCAGCUUCCGAGACCUGCAGUGUUUGUCAUAUGACCGACAUGCCAGCAAGAAGAAGGGCAACAUGCUGACUGCUAUUAUUAAUGAUGAGAAGCCAUGUGUGUUGUUCUGCAGCCCGGUGGGUAGAGAUGUUCCUGUCCUGAUGGCUGACAGAGUGAUGGAUGGGACGCCCUGUGGACCAUACGAGGCCGACCUGUGUGUUAACGGAAGGUGUCAGAAAAUUGGCUGUGAUGGCAUCAUCGGCUCCUCAGCCAAAGAGGACCGCUGUGGGGUUUGUAAUGGAGACGCACGCUCCUGUAAGAUAGUACGAGGAGACUUCAACCACACCAAAGGAAUGGGCUACAUCGAAGCUGUGGUUAUCCCUGCAGGAGCCAGGAGGAUCAAAGUGGUUGAGGACAAACCCUCACAUAGCUUUCUGGCUCUGAAAGACUCCAGGAAAAGGUCUAUCAACAGUGACUGGAAGAUUGAGCUUCCAGGAGAUUUUGAACUGGCUGGGACCACAGUGCGCUAUGUCAGAAGAGGACUGUGGGAGAAGAUGUCUGCCAAGGGACCCACUAACACCCCUUUACACCUGAUGGUGCUGCUCUUUCAUGAUCAGAGCUAUGGGAUCCACUAUGAGUACACAGUGUCUCUGAACACAACGGAGGACAGCAGCGAGGAGCACAGGGAGCCAGAGUACCUCUACAUCUGGACACACAGCAGCUGGCAGGACUGUACUGUGCAAUGUGGAGGAGGUGAGAGGAAGACCGUGGUUUCCUGCAUGAGGAUAGCUAAUAAGACCAUGGAAGUGGUCAAUGAUAGCUACUGUCAACCUGAGAACCGACCACACCCUCAAGUACGACUCUGCAACUCUCACCCCUGCCAGUACAGGUGGGUGACAGGAGAGUGGGGAGCCUGCUCUGUCACAUGUGGUAAAGGUCUUCAGCAGAGGGAGGUAGUUUGUGUUUACCACCUCCAGAAUGGCUCACUGAUCCACACCAGGGACCUCUACUGCCAGGGAGGAAAACCUCCUGUUCUUCAGGGCUGUGAGGGCCGCCUCUGCCUUACUGUGUGGGAGGCUUCGGAGUGGUCCAAGUGUUCAUCAGACUGUGGCCAAGGUGUACGCAAACGGACAGUGACAUGUACAAACCCUCAGGGUCUCUGUGACCCCCUGUCCCAACCCACUCAAGAGGAGCACUGUGAGGACUACUCCAGAUGUAACGAAUGGAAGACUGGAGACUGGUCCAAGUGCUCAUCAUCCUGUGGGAAGGGACUGCAAUCGCGAGUGGUCCAGUGUAUGCACAAAGUGACUGGUCGUCAUGGUAACGACUGUCCGGUGUCGCUGAGACCACCUACAUACCGACCCUGUCACCAGGGUACUUGCAAUGAGAAAAUCAAUGUGAACACCAUCACCUCUCCCAGGCUAGCUUCUCUGACCUACAAAUGCAUGGGGGACCAGUGGACGGUGUACUGUCGUGUGAUCCGAGAGAAGAACCUCUGUCAGGACAUGAGGUGGUACCAGCGCUGCUGUGAAACCUGUAGGGACUUUUAUGCCAAGAGAAUACUGCACAAGAGCUAAUGACCAAAUGCACCUACUUUUCCUCCAUGUAAUGCUCCUUUUUGUAAAUGUUUUUAAUAUUGUUCAAUGUUAAGACAAAUAAUGGUGAGAAAACAAUUUCUAUUAUGGAUGAACUGUUUGCAUUAGAGAAGAAAAUGGCAAGUACAUGUACAUGUUGAAUGGGCUCAUAAGCUUCUACAUAAGAUGAAGACUUGAAAAUGUCCUAUAUUUCUUUUGCUGCACACCAAACAAAGAAUUGCCUUUAAAAUUCCAAUCCAGAUGGCUUGAAAAUAAGGGCUUGAUUUUGAAGUAGACUUUUUCUGUUAGCUAUCUGUCAGAUAACAUGGGAUUGUGAGUUAGCCAGAGCUUUCCCCUCUCUUAUAUUUCUUAAUUAUGCUCUCUAUUGUAUCUUCCACUCUGUUGUACUGUAUUUUAGCUAAAUGUUGCAAAAAAAAAGUAACUAGGUUUUUAUAUAAGUAAAUUUCUGAUACUUAAGUAUUAAUUAAGUAUACUGUAAUGGGUAAGUAUUGAUUGGGAGCCAUGGUAAAAUGCUGUUGCAUUACAGUGAAUGGACCUAGCUAAUGACAGGAGACCCACUGAUCCACAGGUCUGUUUGGUAGCCGUGGAUAACUCAUGUAGCAAAAUAUUGCGUAAGCAUAAACAUACACUAAUGGUGCCUGGUUGUAGGCUUGGGUGGUAAUUUUUUGUUUUACACUUUCAUACCUUCCUGAAAUUUCCCCCAUUUCCUUUAUUAAACAGAUAAAUAUUACCACAGUCACUCUUUCACAGAACUAUGACUAAUGAUAGUUUAAUUGCCUUGUUACUUUUCUUUAAAACACACUUCAAUCAAACUCGACAGAAACAAUAUGAAACUCACCAAAACCGUCUUAGUUUAAGUCUUGUUAUUUGUUUAGUCAGUGAGUCCACUGCUCCAAUCCCCAACUCUGGUUUGGUGGAAAUAAACCUUCAGCAAGUUAGAUCUGAAAAUAUAAUGUUUUCCCCUGGAGUCUCUCUCUGUUAGCUAGCCAGUUGUUUACAGUCCUGUCAUGUUAUCCCCAAUGCCAGUGGUCAGCAUGUUUUCCAGUUCAGCUGCCUGGUCCACCAGUAGAGACUGCCCUCUAGUGGCAUGUCAUGUGCACUACAUACAAUACAUCCUCAAUACAGCCUCUCCUUAUGAGUUUGAUAGAAAGAUGAGUUUCUGUAUUUUUGACUGUUUUGAAAAUCAUCAGGAUCUAUACCCAGAUAUACUGUAAAACCAUAAUACCGCCCAAGCCUACAUGGUUGUUUUGUUUUUAUCAGAUGCAGUCCAAUUGUUUUUACUGUCUAUUCUAAGAUAUGAGUAAAUUCACCACUAAGAUAAACUGUGCAAAAUCUUGUUUUGCAGUUUUAGUUGUUAGUCCUGUGAGUGAGGAUCAGUAUGAACAGAAAACCACACAGCAUGAGCAGUAAGAACUAAAACCUUUACUAGCUAUUUCAGUGCUUGUUGUUAUCCUUACCAUAGACAUGGUAAAGCUUAAUUUAAUCUGGCAAUUGCUGUGCCCCCUCAAGCCACGAAGAAGUGCAUUGUCACUGAGGCCUCAAGGGGUGGCUGUUGUGAUCCUGUUAGUUAGCCAGACCAACCACAGCAGUUAGACAUUCUGACUUCAUUUGAAGCAUAGGCCUUUCGCCUGUAGACAUGAGCCCCUAGUCAGUGCACAUUGACUUGAAUUAAGUUCAUAUCAAAAUUCAGUUAUCUCAUUAAAACCUUUUCAUUCCUGGAUUUUUACACAAGAUAUUUUUUGCUCCCUUUACAUUUCACCAUCAUGCCUCACUACUUGUUAAUCUAGGUCCAGAGUGUGGUUAAUGGAGCUGAAGUUGUUUGGUAGCUGACAAGAACAACAGAGGAGAAAGAACUUUUGCACUUUAGUCAUAACAAUAACAGUUAAGCAAGCUAAUAACUAUCCAUUUUCUAAUUCAUAAAAAAACAUAUUUGAUCAACACAGUGAUCCUAACAAUAAAUCUAUGUAAAAACCACCAGGGCUGUACCCAUUUCAGAAUUAUGCCAGUCAAAUUGGAUUUGGCUGUUGAAUAUGAUAUUCAACAAUUUGUUUUAUUUUCCAAGGUUUAAAGUUUAAAACGUGCUCUGUGGGACGUUCAGUGCGACAGCGGCAUUCAUGUCAGAUAGUAAACAAGUUAACGGCGCUAACAACAGGCAGUAAAUGUGCAACAUUUUUUGCAGACAUUAGAUAUCAAAAAAAGCCAGAGACUGUCAGAUUAAGUUUUUGUGAGCUAUAAAUUUACCGCUUCUAAGCAGGUUUCUCCUCUCUCCUCCUCUGUGGCGCUGCCUGCAUGUCUGCAUCUCCUUGUAUCAAAGGGUAGUGUGAAAGUCAA